AAAAAAAAACAUGGGAAAAAAUUAGCGGGAAUCAAUAAAAAUGAGAUUAAGAUGUAAUGAGCCUGGUUCUGAGAAUAAAAGAAUAAAUUAUUUUAAGCUAAACUAAGGAUAUGAUGUUACUGAAGAUGAUUCAGAAUAUUUGGAUGAUUAAGAUUCAUACAAGGCAUUUAAAAAAAUUAGGAAAUACAAAACUAAAUCAAAAAAAGAAAAAAUGUAAAUUAUAUUAGUUAAUUAGAACGUGUGACAAUUUAGAAGUAUUGAUAUAAUGGAAAAAAUAAAUUAAGUGUCCAUCUUAUGAAACAGAUCCAAAAAGGUAAUAUUGCAUUUCUAAUUUAAGAAUUAUUGUCCUAAAAAAGAUUUUAGGUACAGAUCUAUCUCAAUAUGCUAAAGGAGUCUAAGGAAUUUUCAUUGAUAAUCUUUUUCGAAAGGAUUUAGUAAAUUUAUCCUCAAUAUUUAUAGAAAAAUUUAGAUCUAUCUAAAAAGCUAAUAUCAAAUGGAAUUUUAUUUAUUUGGUCUGAUAAAGGACUUAUAAAUGAGAUUCUUGAAACUAUGGAUAAUAAAGGUUUCACUUACAUUGAAAAUCUAGUUGUAGUUCAACUUAGUUUAGAAAAAGCUUUAGAAGAGUUGAAUAAACAUAUGAAAAUUGAAUAAACUGAAGAAGCUGUCUUGGAUAACUUAAAUUUUUUAUAAUAAAAAGUUUAAGUAAAAGAUUUAAUUUUGAAUCGUCCUUCAAAAGUCUUAAAUCAAUCAAAAUAAGUUUUGAUAAUGUUUAGGAAAUUUGAUGAACAGAAAUCUUAAUUAGAACUUAGACAUUAAAGAACUCCUGAUGUAUUGUUUGAUCUAGUAAGCAAUGGAAAAUCUUCCUAAAAAACAAAAGAAUAUAUUUAUUAAACAAUUGAAACUUUGCUUCCAAAAUCUUAAUUAAUGGAGAUUUUUGCAUAUAAAGAAUAGCCAAGAAAAGGAUGGAUAAGUGUCUGUGAAAAUAAAUGA